UCUUUCUAUCAAAGUGUCAAAAAUGAACGAAUUGUCGUUUGAAGUAAACAGUAUGGAUAUUUGCCAAUUGAAUAUUUCCUAAAAUAUGGUUAAAAUCAUAUAAUCAAAGAGUGGAUUAGCAGUGUUUAAAAUACACGCCUCAAAAUGUGGCCCAUGCUCUUAAAUAUGACGCGCGACGAAUGUCGCAGAACGCUUCGAAGACUCGAACUGGAAGCCUACUCGAAUAUGAUCAGUGUGUUUAGAGCACAGGGGGCAUUAGAAGACAACAGAAAAAAGUUGCUUGAGGAACUGCGCGCCGUUUUGCAUAUAAGCCAAGAUCGUCACAGCGCUGAGGCGCGUCGCGUGUCUAAUGACGAGGUGUUAGCUACCAUUGCAGAGCAGCUAGCAGGCCCAAACACAGGCUUGGCAUGGAUCAGCGAGGGGCGCAGGCGGGUGCCGCUGUUGCCCCGUGGGGUGGCUCAGACCAUGUACACAGAGAUUGCGGAUAAGGCUGCGGAGGCUGCAGCCGCUGAGAAUAAAGAGAUCCAGAAGAAACUUGAAGCUGAAAAACUUGUCGCACCAAAAACAAAUGAAGAAGAGUUGCCAGAAGCAGAGGGGGAGACCGCUGAGGGAGCAAUGCCCUCUAAUGAUACCAUAGAUGAAUUGUUAUACCCCCCUGUUGCCAUGGAAGACCAGACAGCUAAACUUUGGGAAACAGAACUUAUAAAUCGAAAGAGAAAAAUACCAGAAGGUGGUGCAAUACCAGAUGACACAACCACCCCAGUAAAAAACAUGAGGAAUAUACCUGUCAACACCAAUCAGAAACAUCUCAACCUAUCACAGAUAUACUCUAAGUUCUCACAACCAGCCACAAGUAAACCGUCGGGCCAAUCAAAACACUCAUACAAUCAAGUGAGCAAAGUGUCGACCAGCAAAUCGCACCACCCGCCGCAGACACCACAGAAACACAGGUCGCACAAACGCAACAAAAAUCCGGCGCCAAUUAUAGUAUCUAAGUCGCAAGUGAAGAAACCACAGGAGAUGUCGGUCUCCCCGAGCAAGUACAACCCGAGCUCGAUGCAACACGACUACUCCGGCCCUCCAAAUACUUUCCAGGCUAGUUACGCGCAGGCAGUGCUAGGCGGGAAGACCAAGCAGGAUUACAUUGACGAGCUGAAGCCCAAAGUGGUGUCACCGCCGGGCAUGAUGUCGGAGGGCGGCGCGUUACAGCAGUUGCCGCCGCCGGCCACGCUGCCGCACGAGCUGGGCGUGCCCGAGGCCGCGCACGACCCCGCCUCGCUUCAAGCGCAGGCCACUUCUACACCCACGCACACCAUCAGUGGCAAGCCCUGCCAUCUCAUCAUCAAAAACAAGGGCGAAAUCACAACCGACAAAAAAGUACAAAUUUUACAGAAACCCUCCGACAUAAAGCUGCUCACGAACAAGCAGUUGGUAGUGGCGCCGAGUGCAACGCAGAAGGCGCUCAACUCGACUGGCAAGCUGGUCGCGACCAAGGUGAUCAGCUCGGUGCCUAAGCAACGCGGCCCACACACGCCCGUGCUCACAGACAAGAUGAUCGUCGUCUCCAAGCCGGCGGCCGACAAAGGUUUGUCCAACUCGAAGAUCAUUAUCACGUCAUCGACGGUCACCGCCCCAACCAAGACUCCCGUCACUAUGCAAAGUAUAUCUCCUAGAACGUCGGAAGCUUUCACUCCCAAAGGCAUUCCCGCCACCGAUUUAAAAGUAUCGGCUAAGACUGUAGUUUUAAAUCCAAAAUCGGGACAGAAGAUGGUCGUAUUGCCGGCCAAGGCUCGUACUAAAUCCGGCUCGGAAGGACAGAUACCGUUACUUCCCGUACAUUUCAAGGGCAUUUCUACUUCGAUGAAGCUGGUGCCUGUCAGCUCGCAGUCAGCCACGCAAGUUGUCAAGUCGUCAUCAGUCACCGUGGUCUCGAAACCGUCGACAGUAAUGAAUACAAUAACUCCCAAGAAGAUUAUCGGUGUUGAGCCGAUCAAAACUGCUAAUCUGGCAGAUAUAGUUCCAGUGAAGGGUAUGACCCCCAUUACUACACCCAAAAUAACAAAUCCGAUAGUAAGGCCGGUCAGUAAAGGGAACGUCAUUGUCGUACCGAAGGGAGCCACCAUAGGGAAGGCGUUGACGUUCACCAAGAAUGGAAACGACAUGUCGAAAAUUAUUAUGGGGAAGAACGUGAACCAACUACUGCAAGCCACUAAGACUGAUCAGCCGGACUCAAGUAAAUGUUCUGGCAACGUAAUAGUUUUAGAGCUCAAUAACGAACAGACAGGUCGCACCACGACUAUGUCGGAGAUCUUAGACAGUCGCGUGUCGGGAGGACGCGUCGAAGACGUUAAGAAAACACAAGAAAUCACUUCCGAAACGCCAGUACUUUUCGAUAAUCAAAUGACUGAGGAGACCUGCAACGCGAAUAGUUUAGAUUCCACAACUGAAAGCAUAAGUGAUAUCGUUCCUAUAGAAGAGUCGGGUUUACCAAUAAUGUCGAAAGAGGAGGGCCAAUCGAAUUUGAGCAAGGAUUCGGAGACCGCGAAGGAUUCAUCGAGCGUCACGGACUGGGAGAUGGAGCUGGACACGGUCUCGGGGAAGGAGAAGGACGACGACAACAAGCUGAACGCGCUGCACCUCGACCUGGGCAUGUCCAGCGACGACGAUAACGACUACAUGGGCCACAAAGCUAAAAGCAAACACUCGUCGCAGGAGAGCAUACAAGUCACGCCUAGCGGCGAGAGCAGCGUGUACGGCGGCGGGGGCGGGCUGGCGCUGGCCACGCGGACGCUGCUCAGCCAGCUGCAGGACGACGGCUCCUCCAGCAAUGACUCCUCUUUCGCGCUCAAAUCCAAGACGGAGAAGCUAAAAGAGGGCGAGCCGAGGAUCGACCGCUCCGAGUCGGACGCGCUCACCAAGGCCAAGGAGAAGCUGACGGAGAAGGUGGCCAAGUCGCACCAGCGGAUAGACAUCUACAGCACGGCCAUCGCGUCCUCGGACAUCAACCUGGACUCGUUCUCGUACCUGGACGAGGGCAUGAUGGCGGGCGACGACGAGUUCCCGGACGACAAGGACAAGGAGCGGCGGCUGCUGCACGAGCAGCUGAGCCGCCUGCUGGGCGCGGACGCGGCCGAGCCCGAGCCCGCCGCCGGCGCCGCCGAGCCCGCCACGCACUCGCACCCUGUAAGUGAAAGUUUGCCUUUAAACAAAUAAUCAGCAAUACUAGUACUAAUUUGGAAAUGGUGAAAUGUUUCUUUAAAAUGUAAUGGCACUUUAGUAUAAGCUGGGACAUAUGAUGUGAAUAGUGAGUGAUGUUAUUGGUGUUAGGCGAAGCGUAAUGUUUUGUAUCGUGUUUUUAUUUGUUGUGUUAAAUGAAUUUUAACUGUUUUACAGAUAUCAGUAUGUUUGUAUAUUAUCCAACAAUAGUUCUACGGGUGCUUAAGAUGCCGUGUCCGCGACGCAUUUGUUAAAUCUCGUUUGUUGCCGUACACGCACUUCUUAGUACUUAUGUUGGAUAGUACAGUAAGUUUUGUGUAAUAAUUUCCCAUAGGAAAUAAAGAGGCUAAACAUCUUGAAGUUGAAUGAUUUCAAAUCAUGCAGACUUGAAACUGAAUUACAGGCCUUGAUAUCUAUUUGUGGUGAAUAUCGACGCGUAAAGCGGUUUCAUUUAGAAAAUCAAACCAUGAACGAGCAUUAAAUAAACGACAUUUUAAUUAAAAAAUACUGAUAUUGACGAAUUCGUUUUAGUUGACAUAGUUCUUUUAAAGAAACCGUAGAAUUUAGAGGAAACUAAAAAAACAUAUUAAUAAUUUUCGAAAAUAUCUCAUAGAUUUUUAACAAAGCGGUUAUUAUAGUUGGGCACAUAGAGUUUCCAAAUUAAAUUAAGUUGAAUAAUUGCUGAAGACAGAUUAUUCACGUUUUACAUAAGUCGAAUUUCAAUAGAAAGUGGAUAUUGCAUUCAAUAUUGUUAUUGACAAUAACCAUACAUUUGAGUUAAGACAAACAGGCAACUCAAGUCCGUUAUCCCUAAUGGGGUAAGUAGACCCAGUAGACAACCAAAGGCAACUUUCGACCACCUCUAGUAUUGAAGUCUGAAGAUGCCACAUCCUAUCAUUUUCACUGGGAUAUAGCCGCUUAGGGACUGAGGUGUCCGAGCCGCGCGACCCCAGUACGCUGCGUUUAGGGCUGUAUUAAAUUGUAUGAAUUUCCAUGCAACGUUACAUCAAGCUCUGCAGUACUGGGCCUCAUACGCCUAUUAUACUAUGCAUGCCUGGGAUGAUAAAAAAACAUACGUUUCUUUUUACGUCUAGCCCAGCUAAGUGAAUUUGUUUUUAAGGAUGCCCCGACUUACGCAUUUCACAACUCUGUUCUCUUUGGCAGUGUCUCGUAGUUUUAUUCAAUGAAUUUUCAAAAUUCGAAAGUUACUAGUAGAAUAUUGUUUAGUAUUUUAAGUGAUGCUACGUGCUCUCUUCACAAAAUUCCGAAACUUUAAAAUCAUACUAAUUUUAAUACUUAAAAUUAUAUACGCGCAAAAUCAUUUGGUUCGUAAAGUUUUAAGAUUUUCAAGUUCAAGCAAAUGUGUGUAUGUUCGCACAAAUUGAGCCAUAUUCUUAGUUACAUUAGAUGUUCAAAAUCAGGCAGUUAUGUCUUUAAUUUCAUAUAACUAGUUGAAUUUCAUCCGCACGGAUCAUCCCAUACCAUUCAAUUUAAACUUAGUACAACCCAGUAAAAAAGAAGGAAUCGGUCAUUAUGAGAAAUAUUUUAAUAUACUCUGGCAACAUUUGUUUCUGCCUUUUUAUUGGUCAGUCGAGGAUAUGAAUUCAUGUCAUUGGCUCAAGAAAUGGCAGUGUUGCUAGUUAAGGAGAAUCGACCGCUUUUUGCCGAACUGUAUUGUGAAUAUCUGAAUAUUUAAACCGAGCAGCGAAAUGUAUCUACAUACACCAUAAUUGUUGGUUAUAUAUUGUCAAAUGUAGCAUAUGAAGGUGAAAUAUUUAUUUUAUUAUAGUUCAAUACAGUUUAAGAUGUUAUUUUGUAAAUAUAAUAUUUACAGAUGUACUCAGUGUUGUAGUUAGUUAACUUAUACAUACAUAUAGAUACCCAGUGCUUUGUAGUAAUGUUACAUUAUAUAACAAUAGUAUAGGACUUAUACUCACAGUUCUGAUCGGUGCACUCAUUCCCCAGUGAGCAAUGUCACACUGAUAUAUUCACUCAAAGUUCGAAUCAAAACCGCCUUUCUAAAAUGUGUAGAAAAUAUUAAAAAUAUUCAAGUACACUUUUUUAAAGGUAGCAUCCAAUUCACCGCUAAUUUGCGACUGUUCCAUUAAUACAUUUUCAGAAAUUGUAAUUGGACUAAAAUUAAGGUAAAAAAACACCCAAUUAGAUAUUUUCAAAAUAGAUUAUACAUCGAUAAAACGAAAAUCAUGUACGUAAAAAAUUGUUUCACACGUUUUUAAGUUCAUUUUGGUUGUUUAGAUUUUGGAAAAGGUCUUUGGAAAUUUUAAUAAGAGAAUGGAAGUGUAACCAAAUUGGGAAGCCUCGUACUGAGAAGUGUAAAAUAAUGGUACAUAUUUCUUGCUUUAAAGAGAAUGAUAUUGCAUUCUAAAGAAAUAGUGCCAUGCCUAGAGUCGUAGCGACAAAUUGUACAUAUUAAUGAUAACUAUUUUUAAUAAAAUAUCAAUGACAACUGUCUACUAGAAUGUAUUACUAUAUUUUGUAUCAUAAUAAUAAAAUUGUAUAAAGCAUUUUUGGAUGUAUAUACAUCCUGCGAUAAACUGAUUUAGUUAAAAGUGUUAAGGUUUACUUUACAUCGAUUUUGGAUGUGGAUGCAGGUGAAUACUGUUAAGAUUGUUACCACAAUGUAAUCGAGUUGUGGAUAAAUGUGUUCCAUUAAAUAAGCGACGUCCUAAAAGGAAUUUAACUUGUAUAGUUUAAAUUUGAUGUUAAAUCAAAUGAAGGCAAUGUUAACGAUUGACCUGCAUCAGAUUUUAAAUAGAGUAAGACGUUUGUUUGUCGGCUGUAAAUAUUUUGCGUAGAAUUAUCUCCGUCUUAGGAUCACUGCAACAUGUUAAUACAAUUUCUGUGUUUUUGGCAUCAAGUUUAUUUUAUCUACUUAUUUUAACAAUAAAAGUUUAAUCAUA